AUGGUUAACAAUAUUGGUUUUACACUCAAUUCAGUUACACUUUGUAUCAAUAUAUUCACAUGUGGAAUUUCAUUGAUUAUUUUAACUGGUAUUUUAUACUAUCUUCGACAUAAUCGUAUGAAAAAGGAUGAUAGAAUAACUAUUAUUUUAUGUGCUAAUAUCUACACGUUGAUUUUCUUGUAUACAAUAAUAUUAAUGUCAUUUAAUAUUCAAGCAAUAUUAGGACAGUUAUAUGCUCAAGACUUCAAUUCACCGUGGUGUUUAUUAAUGGGAUAUUUUGCUGCCAUUUUUCUUAGUAUGGUGUAUUGGAGUUUUGCAAAUCAAGCAUUUUUUCGUCUAUGUCGUAUUGUAUAUUCAAAUAUUAAAUGGCUUCAAUAUUUUUGGUUAUAUAUUGUUAUACCUCCUAUUGAAUUUAUUCUAGUUUGUCUUUUAUUAUGUCCAAUUCUUCUGUGGCAUGAUAUUGUUUAUUUGUCAAGCGAUUACUAUUGUAAUGUAGCAAAUAAAAAUAUCCGUGGUAUUGUUUGGCUUUUAUCAUUAGGUUAUGGAACUCCACUUUUGUUAUUGUUAUUUAUUUACAUGUAUAUUACAAUAUAUAUUUAUCGACAAAUGAAUACUCAAACAUUAAUAGUUAAACAACGUCAACAACGUGAUCUUGUCGUUAUUCGACGUAUUCUCAUAACUGUUGCCUUAUUAAUCGCUCUUCAAAUACCACGUAUAGUUCUUUUAAUAAUGUUAUUUAUAACAAAACAAGAAUAUACCUUUUUUGCUCGUAUUGAAUGGCUUUUUAUUAGUUUUUCUAUGAUUGGAUUAUGCAUAUCAAUGGCUAUUUUUACACCACAAUUAAGAAGUAUUAUUUUGAAAAAAUUUCGACCUAGUCGUUUAGUACCUAUAACUGGUACUCUAGCAGGUACACUUCCCUCAAGGCCUAAUAAUAUUAUUGAAUAA